AUGGCGGCGGCGGCGCCCCAUCCCGGCGGCGGCACGAAGACGCGGCAGGAGGACGAGGAAGGACAACCAGGCGCGGAGGACCGCAUCUCGGCGCUGCCGGAGGCGCUGCGGCUGCAGGUUCUCUGCCUCCUCCCGCUCAAGUCCGCCAUCCGCACGGGCGUGCUCUCCACCCAGUGGGAGGCGCUCUGGACGCGCCGCUGGCCGCCGCCCUCCUCCCUCGACGUCCGCUUCGCCGCCUACGAGUCCUCGCAACCGAUUACCGAGACCCUCGAGCGGCGCGGGCUGCGGCGUCUCGAUCGGUUCGCCCUUUCGUUCGGCAUCGGCGAACUCGACGAGGAGGCCUUCCGCCGCUGCAUCGACUACGCCGCCGCCUGCGCCGUCGAGGACCUGCGCGUCCACUACGUCGACCCAACGUCCCCCAGCUCCGACUUCCAGUUCCGCCUACAGCCGGACGACCCCCACCUCACGCGCCUCUCCCUCCGCGGCAUCACCAUCGGCAACCCCCUCUGCUCCUGUGCCUUCCCCGCCCUCGAGGUCAUCCAGCUCCGCCGCGUCUACCUCUCCGACAUUGCACUCCUACACCUUGUCGAUGGUUGCCCCCUCCUCCGCAGCCUCGACUUGCGCUACUGCGCAGGCCUGACCUUCGUCACCAUUGUGAGGGCUGGGGCUCACCUGACGAGCCUCACCGUUGCAGAAUGCCCACUUCUCACCAGUAUAUCUGCCAACGGGGUGGUCAGCCUCCGGUCAUUCCGCUACAGCGGAGCCUACAUUGCUGCCAACAGCAUCCCGGCCACCUCGGAGCUCGCCCACCUUUGCAUCUGCUUCAGGCGACCCGCUCGCGAGUGGGUGUCUUAUGCACCGGAACCUCAAUCCGAUCAGCUGCGCAGGAACUGGCUUGAAUUACUCACAAACCUGUCCAACCUCACUGUGCUUACCCUCUGCAGCAGCGCCCUGCAGACAGUGUCUGCCAGUACUCGUGCCAGAUCAGUUGCCGGCAAUGCCGCACCUCGCAAGUUGGACAAUUUGAGAGAGCUUCAGCUGCUGAUGUUUGGAAUGUCCAAUGAAAACAUGGAUGACAUCUAUGUUUUCCUCAUGAACUGCUGCGGCCCUCGAUUGGAGAGGCUAUUUGUGCAGCUUCCGGCAAGGGACUAUCAAUGUGCUCCAAAGAAAGAACUAUCAUGGACCAGAAUCAGAGGAAGAUAUCGGCCAGUGGAAUUGCUGUCAGAGGGAGCGCCACCAGAGGAAGCUGAGCUAGAUGAAGAGCUGUCAGAGGAAGAUGGGCUACAGGAAGAUUUGUUUGAGGGACCGGGGAAAGAUGAGCUGGAGAACGAGCUGUCAGAGGGAGAGGCAGCAAAGGAAGAUGAGCUAGAGGAACAGCCUUCAGAGGAAGAUGAGCUAGGCGAAGAUCAAUCAGAGGCUUUUGAGAACCUUAUGUUGCUGAAGAUGAUUAAUUUCAGGGGUCGCGACAAUGAGAUGCAGCUGGUAAGGCUUGUGCUGAAGAAGUCUACUCGUCUCAACCAACUGAUACUAUUUACUCCCACAAGUAAUCACCCUACAGGAACACGGCCAAGAAAAAUACAGGCCAGAGGGCUCAAGAAGGAUCACAUGGAUACACCCCAAUUUAUUGAAACAAAACUAUUGUCUCUCAGAAAGGCCUGGCCGAAUGCUCAGAUAAUUCUCAGUGAGCCUGAUGAUAGUGCAAUUAAGCCGUUGCACUGUGAGGGUUUUGUCAAGGUUGAAUGA